CGCAAAACCAAAAUUCCCUCUGUUUUUCGCAGCAUUACGUUUUUCAACGCGGCCGCGUAAAUAACAAAAAGCAGCGCGCGGAAAGAACAGCGGAGGAAUUUCAGUUGGAUGGGAAACGCCAAGCGGAGAAAAACGAGAAACCGAAGCACAGAGAACAGAAUCGAAAGACACAAAACGCUGAUCGAAAUCGUGAAUUAAACGAAAAACGAAAGAAGUUGGGAAAACUAAAGUUCAUACAAUGCGGAGGUGAACUGCGCUGGGUAAUUCAAUUAAAUCAUCUUUUGCGGACAACAAGGCGUCAAAUUCAAAAAAGAAAUGGUUGUAUUUUGUUGUUACGUGAACGUUGCGUUUUUGAAUUUAUGAAUCAAUUCCUUUUUGCAUCCCGCCGCGUCUUAUUUUACUCAUUUCUUUUUUUGCCACUUUUUUUUACUGUGUAUGUGCGAAGACAACAACAAAAAUAAUGGUAGCAGAAACAACCACAACAACAACGACAAAACAUAAACAACAACAGUAAACAGACUUAAAAUAUCGGCGGCAAGCGGCUAAAAAAUCAACUGUGCAAUUUAAAAAUAUAACCAAGUAUUAUAUAAAAAAAUAAUGCAAAAUUGGUCAAGUGUCGACGGCAAAAGUUGCUCAAUAUGAGCAAAAAAAGCAGCAACAACAACGACAGCAAUAUAGCUGCCUUACAACAACUACAGCAGAUGAAAAUUGGAAAAGUGCAACAAUACAAAUUAUCCAUAUAUAAAAUAAAAUCAAAAUAGCAAAAAAAAAUCCAGCCAAAAAAUUAAAAAUUUGAAAUAAUAAUUUUUUUCUCCCCUCCAAUUGCCUGGCAAUAUCUAAUUGUUUAUAUAUAUAUAUAUAUAGCAUUACCAUCUUCAUAUAUAUCUAUUAUAUAUGUAUUAUAUAUUUGUGUAUCUGUGUGUGUGUAUUUUCGUGUGCAUUCCAUCCAUUAAUUCUAUAACUCAAUCUAUGAAAAACUAAACGAAAAAAUUUAAUAAAACCGAAAAACACAUAAAAAUAAAUAAAAAAAAAAAAAAAACAAACAAAAAAUCGCAUGUAAAACGCGAAUAAAUAAAUAAAUAAAAAAUUUACAAUUUACAAACCAUUCCGUAAAACAAACGAAAAUAAUCUGAACCACAAAUCGUGCACCAAAAUGGCGGACAUCAUGCGUCCGCCGUACAGUGAGAUCAAACGGCCGGACGAAAUCGUCAGAAUGACAACCGCCGACAAUCUCAAGUUUGCCGUCCUCAUCGGCCUCAUCGAGGUUGGCCAGGUGACCAACCGGGAGGUGGUCAAUACCGUUCUGCAUUUGCUGGUCGGCGGUGAAUUCGACAUGGAAUUGAAUUUUGUGAUACAGGAUGCGCAGAAUAUCAAACAUAUGCUGGAGCUGCUGGAUCAUUGUCCGCCCAAUUUGCAGGCGGAGAUUUGGAGCGUAUUCAUUGCCAUCCUGCGCAAAAGCGUCCGCAACCUGCAGGCCUGCACCGAUGUCGGCCUCAUCGAGCAUGUCCUCGUCCGCCUGCAGCGCUCCGAAACGGUUGUGGCAGAUCUGCUCAUCGAGAUGCUGGGCGUGCUGGCCAGCUAUAGCAUAACGGUGAAGGAGCUGAAGCUGCUCUUCGGGACGAUGAAGGCCACCAAUGGCAAGUGGCCGCGUCACUCGGCCAAGCUGCUGAACGUCCUCCGGCAGAUGCCACAUCGCAACGGGCCGGAUGUGUUCUUCAGCUUUCCGGGCCGCAAGGGAUCGGCCAUGGUCCUGCCGCCGUUGGCCAAAUGGCCCUAUGAGAACGGAUUCACCUUCACCACCUGGUUCCGGCUGGAUCCUAUCAACUCGGUGAAUAUCGAGCGGGAGAAGCCCUAUCUCUACUGCUUCAAGACAUCGAAGGGUGUGGGCUAUACGGCGCAUUUUGUGGGCAAUUGCCUUGUCCUCACCUCGAUGAAGGUCAAGGGCAAGGGCUUUCAGCAUUGUGUCAAAUACGAAUUCCAGCCACGAAAGUGGUAUAUGAUUGCCAUAGUGUAUAUAUACAAUCGUUGGACGAAAAGCGAAAUCAAGUGCCUCGUUAAUGGACAGCUGGCCUCUUCAACUGAGAUGGCCUGGUUUGUUUCCACAAACGAUCCCUUUGACAAGUGCUACAUUGGAGCCACCCCCGAACUGGACGAGGAGCGAGUGUUCUGUGGCCAAAUGUCGGCUAUCUACCUUUUCAGCGAGGCGCUGACCACGCAGCAGAUCUGUGCGAUGCACCGCCUGGGUCCCGGCUACAAGUCGCAGUUCCGAUUCGACAACGAGUGCUAUCUAAAUCUGCCGGACAAUCACAAGCGGGUGAGUCACUUUCAACUUCUGCCAGCGACCUUGGGGGCGUCAUCACUGCCGGGCAGUGGAAGUGGGAGUGGCACCGGAAGCGGAGGCGGAGGCGAUGCAGCAGCAGCAGCGGCCGCUGUUGCAGCCGGGCAGCAACAACAGUUGCAGCUGCAGUUCCAAACGCUGGCCGCCGAGCAGGAGGCGCGGGCGAUCGAUUGGUCCGAUGAGAAGCUCGAUUUGAAUGCGGCCUUUGUGAAAAUUCGAGCGGUUCUAACCGCCCGCAAUGCGGUGACCUUGGCUGGGAGUAGUAGUAGCUCCACUGCAGUAGGCUCUGCAACAGCAGGAGGCGGAGGAGGAGGAACAGCUGCUGCAGCAGCAACAUCUGCGGCUGCCACAGAGAGUGAGGCAACAGCAGCAGCAGCAGCAGCGGUACAGCAGCAACAUGCAACAUCAACUGGCAAUGCGGACGAUCCGCUCGGCCAUUUGCCCACUGGAAAUGCUUCUUCUUUUGAGCAACUCCGCCGAAUGUCCAGUGUGAGCAGCUUGAACUCAAUGUCGGGGACCGCCGACACUGAGGAGGUCAACCAGCUGAAAGCUGUCCUGUACGAUGGCAAACUAUCGAAUGCCAUUGUGUUCAUGUACAAUCCGGUGGCCACCGAUGGUCAAUUGUGUCUGCAGUCGUCGCCCAAGGGAAACGUUUCAUAUUUCGUGCACACGCCGCAUGCGCUGAUGUUGCAGGAUGUAAAGGCCGUGGUCACGCACUCGAUACACUGCACCCUCAACUCGAUUGGCGGCAUCCAGGUGCUGUUCCCGCUCUUCUCGCAGCUGGACAUGGCCCACGAGGGCCUGGGCGACAUCAAGCGGGAUCCCACGCUGUGUUCCAAGCUGCUAGGCUUCAUCUGUGAACUGGUGGAAACAUCGCAGACGGUGCAGCAGCACAUGAUCCAGAACCGGGGCUUCCUGGUCAUCUCGUUCAUGCUGCAGCGCUCCUCCCGCGAACACCUGACCCUCGAGGUCCUGGGCUCCUUCCUGAACCUCACCAAGUAUCUGGUCACCUGCCUGUCGGCCAACAGCGAUCUGCUGCUCAAGCAGUUGUUCUGUUUCUCGUUUCUCACGUGGCAGCUGCUGGACCACGUGCUCUUCAACCCAGCCCUGUGGAUAUACACGCCCGCGAAUGUCCAGGCGCGACUGUACUCCUACCUGGCCACCGAGUUCCUCUCGGACACGCAGAUCUACAGCAACGUGAGGAGGGUCAGCACGGUCCUGCAGACGGUGCACACCCUCAAGUACUACUACUGGGUGGUCAAUCCGCGGGCCAAGAGCGGCAUCAUUCCCAAGGGACUGGAUGGACCUCGUCCGGCUCAAAAGGACAUCCUGGCCAUCCGCGCCUACAUCCUUCUGUUCCUCAAGCAGCUCAUCAUGAUCGGCAAUGGCGUGAAGGAGGACGAACUGCAGAGCAUUCUAAACUAUCUGACCACCAUGCACGAGGACGAGAACCUGCACGACGUGCUGCAAAUGCUCAUCUCGCUGAUGUCGGAGCACCCCAGCUCCAUGGUACCUGCCUUCGAUGUGAAGCACGGUGUGCGCAGCAUCUUCAAAUUGCUGGCGGCCGAAAGUCAGUUGAUUCGGCUGCAGGCCCUCAAAUUGCUGGGCUUCUUCCUCUCGCGGAGCACUCACAAACGCAAGUACGACGUGAUGUCGCCACACAAUCUGUACACACUGCUGGCAGAACGAUUGCUCCUCUACGAGGAGUCACUGUCCCUGCCCACCUACAAUGUUCUCUACGAGAUCAUGACGGAGCACAUCUCGCAGCAGAUUCUGUACACACGGCAUCCGGAACCGGAGAGUCACUACCGUCUGGAGAAUCCAAUGAUCCUCAAGGUGGUGGCCACCCUCAUUCGGCAGUCGAAGCAGACCGAGUCGCUGAUUGACGUGAAGAAGCUGUUCCUGCAGGACAUGACCCUGUUGUGCAACAGCAAUCGGGAGAACCGGCGCACCGUGCUCCAGAUGUCCGUGUGGCAGGAGUGGCUCAUUGCGAUGGCCUACAUCCAUCCGAAGAGCAGCGAGGAGCAGAAGAUCAGCGACAUGGUGUACUCGCUGUUCCGCAUGCUGCUCCAUCAUGCCAUCAAGCACGAGUACGGCGGCUGGCGUGUUUGGGUGGACACCCUGGCCAUUGUCCACUCGAAGGUGUCGUACGAGGAGUUCAAGCUGCAGUUUGCCCAGAUGUACGAGCACUACGAGCGCCAGCGCACCGACAACAUCACCGAUCCUGCCCUGCGUCAGGCCAGGCCGAUUAGUACGAUCAGUGGUUGGGAGCGCGAGGAGCAGCAGCAGAAUGGUGGUGGAUCAACUGGAGCAGCAGUGGCUUCCAAUCAAGGAGUAGCAGCAGCGGGCGCCGUUUCCAUUGCCUCGCUGGAGGAUGUGCCGCCGGUGGUCGAGGAGGAGGUGGAGGAGCUGGAGCUCGAGGAGGUGGAGAUCCAAGAGGGUCCCAUCAUCGAGGAGGCCGAACCCAAGUCCGUGAUAGCCAACAUUUCGGAUGUCUACAACGAGCAGAUCAAAACGAAUCAAGGCGCAUGCAAUGGCAAUCUGGAGGAGGUCAAGGAGGAGGAGGAUCCUGCAGAGGAACUGAAGCCGGAUGCCUCGCCUUUGGAAGCCCUCAGGGAAACGCUGCAGCUGGGCGAUGACAUGGAGGUGGAGGAACUGGAGCUGGCCACCGCCAAGGAUGCCCUCAAUGCCGAGCAGCAUGUGGCGCGAGUUCUUCAGGCCUCCGAGGCGGCGCUCAACGAUUGCAAAAUGGCUGUCGACGAUGUGCUGCAGGAGUCCUCGUCCGUUCUCAAGGACGAGGAGAUCGAGCUCGCCGUGAACGAGGUCGUUCAGGGAGUGCUUAAUAACGAAAAGAAAUCCCAGGCCGACAAGGAUAACAAGGAGCAGGAUGUUGUGAAUGUUAGCCUGCUGAACAGCAAGAAUCUGCUCAACAACAAUAAUAAUAAUAACAAUAAUAAUAGUCCAAGUGCCACGCCCAUAAUGCCCACGACGACGGAGGAGGCGGAAACGGAAAAGGAGGUCAAUGCCAAUGAGAUCGUGAGCAGCACACAGGAGCAGCCGCCCAAGGAGGAGACGAAAACGGAAGUGGAAACACCGGAAACGGCCAAGCCAAGCCCAAUAGAACCCAAUAGCCCCGUAGUAGCAACCAAUCAAAAGACUGAAGAUGCAGCCAACAAGCUGAACAACAACGAGAAGCUGGCCGAAAUUAUUGUGCAAGCCGAAGCUGAGCCAGAAGCUGAUCUUCUACAGCUUUCUGAUAACGAGGUCAAGACGGAAGAGGAAAAGGAAACGAAAGCGGAAACGGAAGUGGAAGCUGAGGAUCCAGUGGCCUUGGCCGUUAGGGAUAUCGUAGAGCAACUCAUCGACAAGGUGAUCGAUGCCACGGAAGCGGAAACUGCCAGUGAAAUCAAAACGGAGACAAAUAAUAAUGAACUACCCAAGGGGGAGAGUUCCCAGCCAGAGGAUUCCGAGGAUCUGGCCGCUGCAGCCGAGGAAAUUGUCCAUGAGGUGGUGGAAGCAGCUCUCGUUUUGGUCCAAGAGGAGGAUGCGCCAACCGAGGAAAAGGAGGAGGAAGCCAAGGCACCUGAAGAAGAUCAAAAGAAUAACCAAACCGAGGAAGCAACAAAUCAGGAAGUUACCACAGAACUACCCCAAAAUCAAGAGGAGCAAGUGGUGGCCAUUGUGAACCAAGUCCUGGACUCACUGGUCGAUGAUACCGUCAAGGCCGUGGCCGCCGAGCAAACCACCCAGACUUCGCCCGCUCCCGAGGAGCAGUCGCCAAAGAUUCUAACCAAGGAAGCCGCUGUGACGCCAGUGCGUGUGAAACCCACUGAGGUGGACUCCACCACCCAGACGACGCCGAAGAACGAGGCGGGCUCUAAUUUGAUGGUUGAGGAGGUGCAGCAAGUCCUCCAGGAGGAGGAGGCCCAAUCAGCCGGUGGCAUUGCCAUCGAAGAUGAAGAGUACGCAAGUCAGCAGACACAAUCGGAGGCCAACCAACUGGAGGCCAAUCAUUAUGGCCCCGGCAAUCCGGAACCCAAGCAACAGCAGCAGCAACAACAGCAGCAGCAGCAACAGCAGCGCUCCAAGUCCGGAUCCACACGACCCAUGUUCAGUCCGGGACCCACGCGUCCACCCUUCCGGAUACCGGAAUUCAAGUGGUCCUACAUCCACCAGAGACUGCUCAGCGAUGUGCUCUUCUCGCUGGAAACGGACAUCCAGGUGUGGCGCAGUCACUCCACCAAGAGCGUCCUCGACUUUGUCAACUCGAGUGAGAAUGCCAUCUUUGUGGUGAACACGGUGCAUCUGAUUUCGCAGCUGGCGGACAACCUGAUCAUCGCCUGCGGAGGACUGCUGCCCCUGCUGGCCAGCGCCACUUCACCCAAUUCCGAACUGGACGUGCUGGAGCCCACGCAGGGCAUGCCCUUGGAGGUGGCCGUGUCCUUCCUGCAGCGCCUGGUCAACAUGGCGGAUGUGCUGAUCUUUGCCACGUCCCUGAACUUCGGUGAGCUGGAGGCGGAGAAGAACAUGUCCAGUGGCGGCAUCCUGCGCCAGUGCCUUCGGUUGGUCUGCACCUGUGCGGUGAGGAACUGUUUGGAGUGCAAGGAGCGAACGCGCUACAAUGUGGGCGCCCUGGCGAGAGAUGUCCCGGGUGCGGCGCACCUGCAGGCGCUCAUCCGCGGUGCUCAGGCAUCGCCCAAGAACAUUGUCGAGUCAAUCACCGGUCAAUUAUCGCCCGUCAAGGAUCCCGAGAAGCUGCUCCAGGACAUGGACGUCAAUCGCCUGCGCGCCGUCAUUUAUCGCGAUGUGGAGGAGACAAAGCAGGCACAGUUCCUGUCGCUGGCGAUCGUCUACUUUAUAUCGGUCCUGAUGGUCUCCAAGUACCGCGACAUCCUGGAGCCGCCGGCAGAGCCGCAGAUCCAGCGUCAAUCGCCGGUGCUCCAGCGCACGGCAGGCGGCGAAGCCGCCAGUGCGCGUCCUUUGUUUCCCCAAUGGUCACAUCAUGUUUACCCGCAAUUCCUGCCCGAAUCGCACCAGAAUCACAAUAGCAACAUGCAACACCAGCAGCAGCAACAGCAGCAACACUACUACCAGCAACAGCAGCAGCAGCAGCAGCAACAGCAGGUUGCCCAUAAUCACAGUCACCAUCACAUGACUGCUGCUUACUACCAGCAGCAGCAGCAGCAGCAACAGCAGCAGCAGCAACAUCAGCAAGUUGCAGCUGGACAGCAGCAACACUCGCCCACUCCCUUGGCCACACACUCGACCAGCUCCUCGGCCAGCUCCACGGCCACAUCCCAGCCAGCUUCGAGCUCCUCGCUCUCCAGCUUGGCCUCCCAGAGUCAGCAGCAGUCGCAUCGCCAGUUGCACAAGCAGCAGCAGCAGCAACAUUACCAUCCACAUCAGCCGCACUACGGACUGAUCAAUGGCCACCAGCAACAUCAGCAGCUGAAUGGUAAGCACUAUGCGGAAAAUGGAUCCACGGCGGGCUACCAUCCCCACUCCCAUCCGCAUCCACAUCCGCAUGCUGGUUACUUACGAAAUGGAGAGUCUGCGGGACAGCAGAACGGCAUUUCCGACUACCAAACAGUGGGACUGAUGAAUGGCCAUGGAUCCAAUGCCAGCGGCAAUAAUAAUAAUUCCAGUCUGAUGAACAAUAUGCGAAACCUGAGGAACGGAGGAGGAGCAACUUCAUCAUCAUCGCCGGGAAACCAAGGAAUCUCUGGCAUACCCGGAAUACCUGCAACAACGGGCGUUGUUGCAAAUGCAAAUGCUGGUGUUGCUGGUGGUGUUGGUGGUGGUGUGGGCAUGGCAGGGGGCGUGGCAGGGGGCUUGGAUGGAGGCGUGGCCUACAAGACGAGCGCCAUAAAUAAUAAUUAUCGCUACAAUGGACGCAACGCAUCCGCUGGAACAGGUGGUCGUCAAAUCCAGGAUAGUGAUUAUGAAAUAAUCGUUGUCGAUGAGAACAAUCCAUCCGUUUUGGCCGAUAAUGAUUCACAUUCCAGUGGACCGCCGUCCAUAAAGGCCAACCAGACAACAACAACAACAACAACAGUAGCAACAACAGCUAUAACAACAACAACAACCCAUAUUAACAACAACAACACUAAGACAACAACAACAGCAAACGCUCCAACAACAACAACAAUUAAAAUUCAACAACAACCAUUGUCACCACCAAAGCCGUUGGUGCCACAAAAAUUGCCAAAGAGCGUCGAUUCGGAUGUGGGCUCCCUGAACAUGAACUCCACGGAGAACGAGGUGCCCGAGGUGGAGUCCUCCAGCGAGAUCCUCAUCGACGACCACAAGCCGAGUCACUCGAACGACGAGAGCUGGACGGAUGUGAAUCUCAACGAGGAUGCAGCCGUCCAGGCGGCCAGUGCCGGCAUGGUUGUGGGUCUAGUGGAUAAUGGUGGCAAUGCCAUAAGCGACAAGCAACAGCAGCAGCAGCAACAGCAACAGCAGCAGCAACAUGGAUCCCUUGGUCACUCGGAACGGGGUGAUAAGCCCGAUUCGGAGAUCUCGGUGGUCCGCGUGCCCGAUGGUUAUCCCAGUGCCGGGGUAGCCAAUCCGGGAGGACAGGUGGGUCAGGUGGGGCCGCCCAGCCAGCGUCCGCGUCCCGAGGAGCUGCCCAUGAAGCCGCCCGCUCUGGUGGCCCAACUACCGCUGACGACUCCCUCGCGCGAGGCGAGUCUCACCCAGAAACUGGAGAUUGCCUUGGGCCCAGUGUGUCCCCUGCUGCGCGAGAUCAUGGUGGACUUUGCCCCGUUCCUGUCCAAGACCCUCGUCGGUUCCCACGGCCAGGAGCUGCUGAUGGAGGGCAAGGGACUGACCACAUUCAAGAACUCCCAUUCGGUGGUUGAGCUGGUGAUGCUGCUGUGCUCGCAGGAGUGGCAGAACAGCCUGCAGAAGCACGCCGGCCUGGCCUUCAUCGAGCUGAUCAACGAGGGUCGCCUGCUCUCGCACGCCAUGAAGGAUCACAUUGUGCGAGUGGCCAACGAGGCGGAGUUCAUACUGAACAGGAUGCGAGCGGAUGAUGUGCUCAAACAUGCCGAUUUCGAGUCGCAGUGCGCCCAAACGCUCUUGGAGCGACGCGAGGAGGAGCGGAUGUGCGAUCACCUGAUCACCGCCGCCCGGCGAAGGGACAAUGUGAUUGCCAGCCGGCUGCUGGAGAAGGUGCGGAACAUAAUGUGCAAUCGCCAUGGGGCCUGGGGUGAUUCUAGUAGUAGUUUGAGUACCACUGGUGGCGGUGCAAUUGUGGGUGCUGUGCAGAAGAGUCCCUACUGGAAGCUGGAUGCCUGGGAGGAUGAUGCACGUCGUCGGAAGAGGAUGGUGCAGAAUCCCCGGGGAUCCUCGCAUCCACAGGCCACGCUGAAAGCGGCCCUGGAGAACGGAGGACCCGAAGAUGCCAUCCUGCAGACACGCGACGAGUUCCACACCCAGAUUGCCGUCUCGCGAGCGCAUCCUUCGUCGAAUCAGCACAAUGGCGAGCUGCUCGAUGAUGCCGAGCUGCUGAUCGAGGAUCGGGAAUUGGAUUUGGAUCUCACUGGCCCCGUGAACAUCAGCACCAAGGCGCGGCUGAUAGCUCCCGGUUUGGUGGCACCCGGCACCGUUUCGAUCACCAGCACAGAGAUGUUCUUCGAGGUGGACGAGGAGCACCCGGAGUUCCAGAAGAUCGACGGCGAGGUGCUCAAGUACUGCGAUCAUUUGCACGGCAAGUGGUACUUCUCCGAGGUGAGGGCCAUCUUCUCGCGACGCUAUCUCCUGCAGAACGUUGCCCUGGAGAUCUUCCUGGCCAGUCGCACCUCGAUCCUGUUCGCCUUUCCCGACCAGCACACCGUGAAGAAGGUGAUCAAGGCGCUGCCCCGCGUGGGCGUGGGCAUUAAGUAUGGGAUUCCGCAGACGCGUCGCGCCUCCAUGAUGUCGCCACGUCAGCUGAUGCGCAACUCCAACAUGACGCAGAAGUGGCAGCGUCGCGAGAUCAGCAACUUUGAGUAUCUCAUGUUCCUCAACACGAUCGCCGGACGGACGUACAACGAUUUGAAUCAGUAUCCCAUCUUUCCGUGGGUGCUGACCAACUACGAGUCGAAGGAUUUGGAUCUCAGUCUGCCCUCGAACUAUAGGGAUUUAUCCAAGCCCAUUGGGGCGUUGAAUCCCUCGAGGAGGGCGUACUUUGAGGAGCGCUACGAGAGCUGGGACAGCGAUACCAUACCGCCCUUCCACUACGGCACUCACUACUCGACGGCCGCCUUCACCCUCAAUUGGUUGGUGCGCGUGGAGCCCUUCACCACCAUGUUCCUGGCCCUGCAGGGCGGCAAGUUCGAUUAUCCCGAUAGGCUUUUCAGCUCGGUGUCGCUUUCGUGGAAGAACUGCCAGCGGGAUACGUCGGACGUGAAGGAGCUAAUACCCGAGUGGUACUUCCUGCCCGAGAUGUUCUACAAUGCGUCGGGCUAUCGGCUGGGCCAUCGCGAAGAUGGCGCUUUGGUCGACGACAUUGAACUGCCGCCGUGGGCCAAGAGUCCCGAGGAGUUCGUGCGCAUCAAUCGCAUGGCCCUCGAGUCGGAGUUCGUGUCCUGCCAGCUGCACCAGUGGAUCGACCUGAUCUUCGGCUACAAGCAGCGCGGCCCCGAGGCCAUCCGGGCCACCAAUGUGUUCUACUAUCUGACCUACGAGGGCAGCGUCGACCUGGACGGCGUCCUGGAUCCCGUGAUGCGCGAGGCCGUCGAGAAUCAAAUACGCAACUUUGGCCAGACGCCCAGCCAGCUGCUGAUGGAACCGCAUCCGCCGCGCAGCUCGGCCAUGCAUUUGUCCCCGAUGAUGUUCAGUGCGAUGCCCGAGGAUCUGUGCCAGAUGCUCAAGUUCUACCAGAACUCUCCGGUCAUCCACAUCUCGGCCAACACGUAUCCGCAGCUGUCGCUGCCCUCGGUGGUCACCGUGACCGCGGGCCACCAGUUCGCGGUGAACCGGUGGAACUGCAACUACACCGCCUCCGUCCAGAGUCCCAGCUACGCCGAGUCGCCGCAGUCGCCGGGAUCCAACCAGCCGCUGACCAUCGAUCCGGUUCUGGCUGUCCAUGGCACCAACAAUAACAGCAAUGCAGUCAGCCGGCGGCACUUGGGUGAUAAUUUCAGCCAAAUGCUCAAGAUCCGAUCGAACUGCUUUGUCACCACGGUGGACAGUCGGUUCCUAAUCGCCUGCGGAUUCUGGGACAACAGUUUCCGGGUCUUUGCCACCGAAACAGCGAAAAUCGUGCAAAUUGUGUUCGGGCACUUUGGCGUGGUGACGUGCAUGGCCCGUUCCGAGUGCAACAUCACCUCGGACUGCUACAUCGCCUCCGGAUCGGCGGACUGCACGGUGCUCCUGUGGCACUGGAACGCCCGCACCCAGAGCAUCGUGGGCGAGGGCGAUGUGCCCACUCCUCGGGCCACCUUAACUGGUCACGAGCAGGCGGUGACCUCGGUGGUGAUCAGUGCCGAGUUGGGUCUGGUUGUCUCCGGAUCUUCAAAUGGACCCGUACUGAUCCACACCACUUUCGGCGACCUCCUGCGCUCGCUGGAUCCGCCGGCGGAGUUCCACUCCCCGGAGCUAAUCACCAUGUCCCGCGAGGGCUUCAUUGUCAUUAACUACGACAAGGGCAAUGUGGCCGCCUACACCAUCAAUGGCAAGAAGCUGCGCCACGAGACGCACAACGACAAUCUGCAGUGCAUGCUGCUGUCGCGCGAUGGUGAAUACCUGAUGACCGCCGGCGAUCGCGGCAUCGUGGAGGUGUGGCGCACCUUCAACCUAGCACCACUUUAUGCCUUCCCCGCCUGCAACGCGGGCAUCCGAUCCUUGGCCCUCACCCACGAUCAGAAAUACCUUCUGGCCGGCCUCUCGACGGGCUCGAUCAUAGUAUUCCACAUCGACUUCAAUCGCUGGCACCACGAGUACCAGCAGCGCUACUAAGUUUGGGAACU